CACCAUUUCUCCCAAGUAACCAAACCAAGAACACGAGCUUUGAGGCUGACUAGAGCGCCACAACGGUCACGUGCUGUUUAUCGUGGGGCAACGACCCAAAAGGGAAAUCGGCCAGACACCGAACAUUGGAGAUCUUCCACUUUUGACCUCUCUCCUACGAUGCAGCUCUAAUUAGCGACAGCAACAGCGUGUGAUGCUCCCCAUCAUCCGAUUAGCGAUCUGGCGGCCCCCACUGGCGAACUGGACAAGCCAUUUCCCCACUCGAUUGUUAAUUCGAGGCUUGAUCUGAAUUGCCUCCCUAACCAGGGCCGGACCGGGCCAUGAACGAUGGGGGAGGAUAUCAACGAUGCUGGCUCACCCAGCAGGCCCCAGGCUAACGCAGAAACCCUGAAUAGCACUGGUUCUUCAACUGCCCCCCAUGCCCGUCGGCAGUCUAGUCAUCAUGCGGGGGACUCAUCAGGGUCGUCCAGGAACCAAUCCAGUAGGGCGGCACCGCAAACGCCUCAGUCCCGGAACUUUGAGUUCGUCCUGGUCACUGAUAAUGAAUCCCGGCGGCAGGUCCGCCGCCAUGCCAUGCGUCAGUACAUGCGACAGCGGCGUUUGGACAGUAUUGCUCGACUUGAUACGUCGCGUGUACCCGUUAGUGGCUGGACUACGCGUGAAACAAUUGAGUCGCCUGCAUCGACCUCCCCAUCCAAGGUAGAGGAUGUGCAAGGUAAGACUCCUAGUCCUGCAGGAGAGGACAAACAUCCGAAGGAAGAUAAGAAAUUGCAUCCCACGGACGAAGGAGCGGGAUCGUCACUCUCGUUAGUGCCAAGGUCCGACAGAGCCAAAAUCGAGGAUAAUUCAUGUUUUCCUGUGGUCGGCCUUAACUCUCCUGGCCCCAGAACGUCUCCUGGGGUUGGAGGUAAACGAGAUCCAUUUAGCUGCUAUCCGAUUGCAAUAAGCAAUGCGGAUCACGAAUUGAUCCAACACUUCGUUGUGACCUACCCGUCUAUGAUGUACAAAUUUGUCGACUCAAUAGCGAACAAUCCAAUGAUGGAGAUAUUCCGUCAAUUUGCUCUGCAUGACAGUCUCCCUUUCCAAGCCAUGCUUGCCAUUGCUUCGAAACACCGAGCAGGUGUGGAGGGCAAAACGGAGUCUGUCCAGAGUCUCACACACAAGAUGCGGGCUCUGCGACUGAUGAAUGAACGCAUCCAAGCGGACUCCAGAGGUCAGCAUGACGGAACUAUAUAUGCCGUGGCUACGAUGGCUGUUAUAGAGAAAUGGUCGAAAGAUGCCUCUAUCGAGCGAAUGCACUUUAAAGGAUUGGCUUCGAUGAUCAGGAAUCGAGGGGGCAUGCGAGGCAUGCGGGCAUCUAGUAAUUUCCUAGAGAAAGUACUUUAUUGGGUCGAUUUUAGUUGCGCACCAAAAGCAAUAUUCAGCACCUGUCUGCCUUGGACCGGCGAUAUACCCGAUACUCCGCCUGAUACCCUUGAUUUCUUAUCUUCCGAACUACACCUUGCUAUUUUUCAUAGCAUGUCAACAUCAGAAGACACGGAAGAGCAUUGUGAUCAAUUCCGUGCAUGUGAGGAUUUUCUAAGAUUCUUUCGCCGUCUCCAUGAGCUACAAAACAUUGCCCUAAACUCCCCUGGCAGCGUUUCGUCUGAUGCUGCCUCUAGCCGUGCCAAGCGCUUCAGCCCUGGCACACAAUUACAUACAAUACUUACCAUGCUUCCAGAUUAUGACCAUGGAAUUCGGGAUAUUCGGUUUAUUGAUGAAUAUACCUGCAUGGCCUGUCUGAUCUUUCUUAAUGUUGCCCUUUACGACUGCUAUUCGAAAUCAUCUAACUUUGACCGAUAUGUGGACUGGUUGGAAGUGGAAAUACAAAAGCUCAAUCCAUACACAAAUCCCAGCAUCACCUCCGUUCUAUGGCUUUUCCUGAACAACGGUGGCUAUCCAAACGGAGAGACUGGAGAUUCCGGGGAACGAUGCUGGGUAGUCUCUCGAAUGCUGCGAAUCGCAAAGCGACUAGAGUGGAAACGCCACGGCACCAUCUGGGACCGUCUCCGUCAGGUCCUGAUUGGAUUCGUGACCACACAGCAAGAAUGUGCCCUAGGCUCUGAUAUUGUCGACGAACAUGCAUUGGGUGCUCGCCACCAAAAACGGCGCCAUGUCGGCGAGUACUUCUGGGACGAAGACGAAAUGCGAAAUGAAAUUCUUGCCAUCGAGACAUCAACCCUUACCGCGUGCCCCAAAAUAAACCUCCCAGUUCUUGUAUAAACAGUCAGCUUUAUACACGGAGGCCAAAGAACAAAAACAAAGAAACAAAGAAAAAACCAAAAGGCACAUGCCGACUUCAUGACAUCUAGAUCGUAAAUAACGAAACGAUUGAUAAUGAUUUUAUGCUUGAUGAUUUGAAAUUUCUCGAAUGACAUGAUUGGGUUCGCAGCUCAUGACCCGUGUCCCCCUCGUUAUUUGGGUUGGAUUUAAUCGACGUCUCAUUAUUUUACCCGGAUUAUUUCGAGUAUGUACUUACUUGAUUUCGGGGUUUAUCUCCGGAGUAUUACAGAUGGAGGCUACAGACCAUUUUAUUUUCGGUGUUGUUUUGUAGAUUAAGUUGAUUCCCUACUAGUAUCCAAGACUCAUCCAAUAAUAUGCAUGAAAUAACCCC